UAACUUCCGCAGCGCAAGUUUCAAAAAGAAAUUUAUUUUGCAGAGAGGGUGUUGUCUUUAUUGCGCUGAAUUAACUCCACUGAAAAUGAAACACUCUAAAGAGGGUCAAAAGAAAAAAUCAACAACACCAAAAAAGAAGAGCUCUUUCUCCUCCAAACUAGCCACUGCUAGAACAAGUUCGGAGUCAAAAAAUCAUCCUGAGGACAAAACAAGUAGAGUUACUUUUGAUGUUAAAGGAAAUGAUCAGGAUGUCUUGGCUGGGGAAGACAGAAAUGCUCCUUGUGCCAUGGAUACUGACGAUGAUCUUCCAGCCACACAGCCUAUUGAUGACAGAGUUUUGAAAGAUGUUGUGGCCUAUGUGGAAGUUCGAUCCACCAAUGAUAACAGAAGUAAAGCCAUCUGUAGAGAGCUUGUACAGCUUGGUGCUGUGGUUGCGAAAACGUUUUCAAAUGAUGUGACUCAUGUUGUACUCAAAGAAGGUAGCAAGCGCACAAUCACCAAAGCUACAAAGAAAGGGGUUCACUUAGUCUCAGUUCUCUGGGUUGACAG